AAUAGACAGGAAAAGCAGGGGGACAAAAAGCAACUCAGGAACUUGUUAACAAACAGACAAUGAAGUACAUUUAAGUCAGUAUCGGGGCUAAAGCGUUCACUACACAGGAUGUGACGUCGACCCUGUCUUGCGUCCACCUCUUGUCAAUCACGCUCCAGGGUCCAGCUUCAUUCAACAGCACUUUAAACUGUGCUUUAAAAAUACAGACCGCAAAAACAAGUAUUUUCCAGACUUUUCUGCUUAAAAAAAUGGCGCAGCCUGGGGCCUGCGUGCAGCCUGACAACAACCACCUUCGUCUGCUAAUCGUACUGUGAGUGACUGCGGGCUCGCACCUAGCUAACGUUACGCAGCUGUCUGUGUGUAACCAAAGCUAAUCGGCUAUCCUCGUUAGCUGCGGCGGCUCGCCUUGCCAUAUGAUAUUGACGCACAUUGCACAGGAACAGACCUCUGCGGACGGCGAUUGGAUCAGCAAAACAACCCCCGUAACGUCGAAAUGGACAAAGACGAAGCGGACCGGCUGAUCGAGAAGGCGAAGCUGUGUUUGCGGUCAGGACGGAAAGAACGGGCGCUGCAGCUGCUAUAUGAAGCCCAGAAUAUUUACCCCAGCACCCGGGCCAGAGUGCUGAUAGAUGCCAUAGUAAGGAACGGAGGCAGUGCCGGCCCAGAGGCAAACCACGUACCCCCACCCACAGGCUGGAGAGACGAGGACAUUAAAAACAACGAGACAAGUAACGUGAGUGGCGAUGACAAGAAGAGCUACACCGAGGAGCAGCGCCAGGGCGUCCUCAGGAUAAAGAAUUGCAAGGACUUUUAUGAGAUCCUCGGUGUUCCCAAAAAUGCCAGCGAUGAAGAUUUGAAGAAGGCGUACAGGAAGUUGGCCCUCAAGUUUCAUCCCGACAAGAACUUCGCUCCAGGGGCUACAGAUGCUUUCAAAGCAAUAGGAAAUGCAUAUGCGGUGCUGAGCAAUCCCGAGAAGAGGCAACAGUACGAUCAGUACGGAGAUCAGUCUGCGGCUUCGAACGCACCCCAGCACUCUAGCCACAGUCGCCAUGGACACUACCGAAACUUCCACAGAGACUUUGAGGCCGACAUUUCCCCCGAGGAACUCUUCAACAUUUUCUUUGGAGGACGGUUCCCCACAGGAAAUAUCCACGUGUACACCAACCAGGGAGCCUCCUACUCUCAGUUCUAUCAGCCUCGUCGUCGACGUGCUUAUGAGAGGCGCGAGGAGGUGGUGGAAGACAACCAGAGUCAGAACACCUUCACAGCACUCCUGCAGCUUCUCCCGGUGCUGGUGCUAAUCCUCAUAUCAGUGUUUACUCAGAUGAUGGCCACUACCCCGCCCUACAGUCUCUUCUAUAAGCCGGCAAUGGGGCUGGUGGUGUCCAGGGAGACGCAGCACAUGGGCGUGCCGUACUACGUGGAUAAAAGUUUUGAGAAGGAAUACCGCGGGGCCGCGCUGGAGGAACUAGAGAAAAUGAUUGAGAGCGACUAUAUCGAACACCUGCAGAGCAGCUGCUGGAAAGAGAAACAGCAGAAAUCAGACUUAGCAAACCUGGGACAGCUGUACCGAGAUGAGCGGUUAAAGCAGAAGGCCGAGUCGAUGAGGCUGGACCACUGCGAGAAGCUGCACCGACUGGUUGGGCGUCAGAGAGGCAAAUGAGGACUGUUAAGAGAGGAGAACACGUUUUCUUUACAGACUUUACAAUAAUAACGCAUUUCAUCGAAGUGUGUAAUUUAUCCAAUCUGGCCACUUUGUAAAGAAAUCUCUUUGGGUACAGCGCAGUCAGUGGGAGAUUAUGCCACUGGAAACAAUGUGCCUUCUCUCCUCUUUGAUGGUAGAAAAUAAGAGUUGCAUGUCAGCUGCCAACCUUGACUGUGGUGGUGGUGGCAGCAUUAACAUGUGCAGACUCACUGUGGCAGUGUGUAUGAUGUGUCAGAGCCUUUAAACUUUCUUAUAGAAAUGGCAUGACAUACGAAGUCUCCCCUCGGGGUUAUAAAGGCAGUUGUAUGUUCACACAUACAUGUUUUAUUUGUUUAGGUUUUGUAGUUUACAUGUGUUUAUUUUAUUUGAUGUUUUUGUGUCCUUGCUUAAAUCUUAGGCGUAUUUAUUUAAUAGUUAAUAGAGUGAAUGUUACUUGAGCACCUUGGCUCAUCUUCUCUUCUUUGGAAGUAAUGAAGUACAAUGACUUAAAUAAUACUGUAGUCUUUGGACAAAUCUGAGAGCUUCUGUGCUGUGAAAUGAUGCAGGACCUUUUUAUUUAUGGUUAAAAUCAGACAUUAGAAAGGACUGUAACAUCUGUACUGUGGUUAAUCAGGCAAUGUGACCUCUGGCACUAUAGAAAUAAGCUGCACAGCAGAGUAAAAUCUUAAAGAACAUGACCACAAUUUUCUGAUUAAUGUGCUUAUUAUAAAAGGUUGUACUUGUCCAAAAGUGAGCUUUCUUCUACAGUAGAGUUUCCCACUCUCCACACUACUGCUUGCAUGAGUGUUUAUUGGAUUGGUCAUUAAGCUUCUGCCAUUCAGGAACCAUUCGUUUGAAGUUUAAGUGUGAGAAAUGACUGUUGUCUGAGUCAUUUUGAUUUGUCAUAAGCAGGGAGUUCACUUCAACCAAAAAGCCCAUACAAAAUCCUGCACAGUUUUCCUCUUGUACAUUGGAAGCUCAGUGGUGAGAGGUAUCUGUAAGGCUACCGGGGGAGUAAAUGGCAUGCAAUACCUUCUUUUCGUAAACCACGCACAAGCUUAAUUUUGUCCUUGGAAAAAAAUGCUUUUCAGCUCAAAUUUAUAAAUGUUUUAUAAAUCCUGCACCUUUCAUUUAUACAGUGUUUUAUAAAGAACGUCCACAGAAUUAAGACUUUUAAUCAGUUCUAUUAACUUUCUGUGGACAUGAACAACUUUCUCCCACAGCACAGAACCAGAAUUGUGACUUUUACUUGUCAGGUCUUGUCAUGAGUAGGACACUAACUUUGUGAAGUUGUUAACUUUAAUCCCCCAGAUCAUUCGAAUCCUAUACAGACAUUAAUACCUGUUGCUGUGCACUAUGACUGCCAAACUGCCUUAGCUGUUCUCAUGUUUGUGAAGUAUUCAGGUUCAUCUGGAGCACUUUUAAGUUAAUAUUUAAUCCUGUGUUUCAUAUCAUGACUGUUGCAUGCACCCUAGUGAGAGUGUGUUUUAUUAGUUGCACAUUUUAGUUUUUUUGGCAAACACAUCUUCAUGACUACUAACACACUAAAUGUUAUAUUAGAAUAUUCAGGGCCACAUGGUAACUCACAAAAAAGUGCAAAACUUGUACUGUGAUACAUGCAAACCAGGUUUUGGUAUCAAGUCAGUGUGGUAGUACACUUCAGCCAAAAAUACCAGAAAAUUAAAGAUGUAUCCAGAAUAUAA